GAGACAAUCCCACUCUCACUGGACACACACACACUUUGAACGGCGCAUUCCUCGGGGGACCUACUUAUUAUCCUGAAGAGAAGAGAUUUUUUCCUGGGUACUGGAUCCUGUGCUCUGCCAUCUGGACUGAAACAGAGCAGGAGGAGGAAGAGAACCACGCUCAGCAUCAUCGGUGCGACUCAGAGUCAUCAAGACUCUCCAGACUUUCGGGGGGAUUAUCCUGAACUCACCUCUUCUCAGAAGCAGCCAUGAGGGUCUUCAACCUGCUCUACCUGCUGCUGGUGCUCGUAGCCGCCGUAGCCUCAGUCUCCUCCGCCAGGCCAGAUUUCCUCAACCUCCGGAGAAGAUACCACAGGCACCACUGCCCAUUCAGACGCUGCAUGCCUCUCCACUCCAGAGUACCUUUCCCCUAAGUUCGAAGCACAAGAAUGAAGGGGACCUCAGGAGAGAAAUAUGAAUGUGAAGCAACUGCAGCGUGUGGCUCAAACGCCACGGAUGGGUCCCAGCACCAACACAUGGAUUGUAAAGUGGAGGAGGUACCAUGAAAAUGUCAUCUAAAGACUAUGAAGUAUGUAUGCGGCUGCAACAGAGCUCCAGGAAACUGUCUCCAUUCCCAAUGAAAUUUUUAAAAAAACACAUGCUAUGUACUGGCAUCCUGGUGGAAAAACAGAUCCCAGUUGCAAGCACCUUGUGCCUCGACCAACGCUAAUACCUUUUGUGCUGAUCGAGAACAAGUGAACAGCAGUAACAACAUCAUCGAGGAUAUUUCCACGUUCAACUUGAAAGCUACGGACCAAAGAGCUGGAAUCGUCUGAGUGAAUGCAGCCACGACGAACCGCAUCCACACAGUGUUCCCACAA